UCCGGCGAGAGCGGCAGCGGAGAUUUGGUUUGAUCCCUGUUCGGGGAACUAAGAUGCCACAUGCCAUGGGGCAGCUAAGCUUGAACGCCACAACUACUGAGCCCACGCGCUCUGGAGCCUGCUUGCCACAACUAGAGAGAAGCCCAUGCACUGCAACGCCAAGAGCCUGCGCACCACAACGAACGUUCCCACAUACUGCAGUGAAGAUCCUGAGUGCCACAACUAAGACCUGACGUAGCCAAAACAAACAAAAAAACAAACGAAGGAAACAAACCCAGUUAAAAAAAAGAGAAAGAAUUUGGGGCCCUGAUGGUUAUAGCCUGGGUAGAGAUGAGCAUAUAGGUACAGAGAUUUUCUAUUUUGUGCAUACAUUAUUUUGUAUAUACUGUAUAUGAUGACUUCGGUGAGCAGUGACCGGUCCAGAGGUGCUCGGGAAAAACCACAGAUUUCAGCAACACAAUUACAGAAACAAGCGGUACAGGCAACAGCAGAACAGAUGCGUCUUGCUCAAGUGAUCUUUGAUAAAAAUGAUUCAGAGUUUGAAGCUAAAGUUAAACAGCUUAUGGAAGUGACAGGAAAAAAUCAGGAUGAAUGCAUAGUGGCUCUACAUGACUGUAAUGGAGAUGUCAACAAAGCUAUCAAUAUAUUGCUGGAAGGGAAUUCAGACACUACUUCAUGGGAGACUGUAGGAGGGAAGAAGAAGAAUUUUGGAAAAGAAAGUUCAGAAAACAAAGAAAAUAGAGAGAAGAGAAGUGAAAGAGAAGUGAGCCGUGGACGUGGAAACAACCGGAAAGUAAGAGGCGGCAAUCGUGGGAGAGAGUGCAGAUUGUUAACCAUUGCACCACCAGGGAAAUCUGCAUCCUUUAGAGGUGAAGAGAAUGGAAUUGAUUGCAAUCAAGGGGACAAGCCUUCAGACCGUGGCAAGCGAGCUCGUGGUAGAGGAUUUGGACGUGGCAGAGGGAGAGGGUCAGGAAGAUUCUCAACCCAAGGCAUGGGGACAUUUAAUCCUGCGGACUAUUCAGAUUCUCCAUCUAUAGAUGGGUGUGGGACAAAACCAGUAGUUUGGGAAGCUGCUCAGAAUGGUGCAGAUGAGGGAACUGAACUGGCAUCAAAUGCUCAAAAUGUAGCUCAGAAUCUGCCAAACAAAAAUUCUUUUGGACUCAAAGGGGCCUGGAAGAAUUCUUUGGACGAGUGGACAACAGAAGACUGGACUGAAGAUCUUUCUGAAACAAAGGUUUUCACUUCCUCAUCUGUUCCAGCAGAGAAUCAUGUCACACCUGGGCAGAGUGUUGAUCUGGUAGCCUUGCUCCAGAAGCCUGUUCCUCCCAGUCAAGCCUCAGAAGUCAGCUCCUUUGAAACUUCCCAACAGCAGGGCUUUGGCCAAGCCCUUGUCUUCACAAAUUCUCAGCACAACAAUCAGAUGGCACAAGGGACUGGCAGCUCCACUGCUGUCAAUCCCUAUCCACCUCAGAGUCUGUCAUCCGUCCUUGGUUCAGGAUUUGGAGAGCUUGAACCUUCAAAAAUGGCAAACAUCACCAGCUCCCAGAUUUUGGACCAGUUGAAAGCUCCGAGUUUGGGCCAGUUUACCACCACCCCAAGUUCACAGCAGAAUAGUAUGAGUCCUCCCACAACCACUUCUUCUUGGGACCUCAAGCGCUCAGCAUCCCAGUCCUCAGUCCUUAGUCAUUUUGACUUCAAAUCUCAGCCUGAACCAUCCCCUGUUCUUAGCCAGCUGAGCCAACGGCAGCAGCACCAGACUCAGGCAGUCACUGUUCCUCCUCCUGGGUUGGAGUCCUUUCCUUCCCCGGUGAAACUCCGAGAGUCAGCACCCAGAGACGGCAGUACCUCCACUGUGAACAAACUUUUGCAGCUUCCAAGCAUGACUGUCGAAAACAUCACCGUGUCUGCUCACCAACCACAGCCUAAACACAUCAAACUCCCCAAGCGACGAAUACCUCCAGCUUCUAAGAUCCCAGCUUCUGCAGUGGAAAUGCCUGGUUCAGCAGAUGUCACAGGAUUAAAUGUCCAGUUUGGCGCCUUGGAAUUUGGAUCAGAACCUUCUCUCUCUGAAUUUGGAUCAGCUGCAAGCAGUGAAAAUAGUAGCCAGAUUCCCAUUAGCUUGUAUUCGAAAUCUUUAAGUGAUUCUUUGAAUACCUGCCUACCAAUGACCAGUGCAGUACAGAACUCCACCUACACAACUUCAGUCAUUACCUCCUCCAGUCUGACCAGCUCAUCGUUGAGCUCCACUAGUCCAGUAACAACGUCUUCCUCCUACGACCAGAGUUCUGUGCAUAACAGGAUUGCAUACCAAAGCUCUGUGAGUCCGUCGGAGUCAGCUCCAGGAACCAUCACAAAUGGACAUGGUGGUAGUCGAAGUCAGCAGACGGUAGACACUACUUCAUCCGUUCCAGCUCCAAAGACAACAGACCCUCCCUCUACCCUCGCAUCCGUGGGCUCCCUGCCCAGCACCACCUCCUGCACUCCGCUCCUGCCCUCAGCAUCCCAGCACACUGCCACUCUGCCCUCCUUGUCCCAGCCUGGUGACCUGGCCAGCAGCCCCCUCUCUCAGCUUAGCAGCUCCCUCUCCAGCCACCAGAGCAGCCUCUCCUCCGCGCACGCGGUGCUGUCUGCCAGCACAUCACACACGCACGCCGGCGCGGAGAGCGCCCCCGGCCUCCAGGCCGCAGCCACCUUCUCAGCGGCAGCCGCCUCUGCCUCGAGCGCCGCGUCCUCAGGGCUCAGCCUGCCGAGCAGCGUGAGCACAGUCAGCGGCCUCUGCCUGGGCGGUCCCGGCGGCAGCACCCGGGCCACGCCCUUGGUGACCUCAGGCAAAGCGCCCCCCAACCUGCCCCAGGGGGUGCCUCCCCUGCUGCACAACCAGUACCUCGUGGGCCCCGGAGGACUGCUUCCUGCCUACCCGAUUUAUGGCUAUGAUGAGCUCCAGAUGCUGCCGUCACGGCUGCCAAUGGAUUACUAUGGGAUUCCUUUCGCUACACCCCCAGCUCUCGCCAGUCGAGAUGGCAGCCUCACGAACACUCCCUAUUCAGGUGAUGUCACAAAGUUUGGCCGAGGUGACUCUGCAUCCCCUGCACCCCCCACCACCCUGGCUCAGCCACAGCCGAGCCAGUCCCAGGCCCACCACACAGCCCAGCAGCCCUUUCUGAAUCCUGCCCUGCCACCUGGCUACAGCUACACUGGCCUCCCCUACUAUACAGGCGUGCCCAGUGCCUUCCAGUAUGGGCCCACCAUGUUUGUCCCUCCGGCCUCAGCCAAGCAGCAUGCUGUGAGCCUCGGCACCCCCACGGCCCCUUUCCAGCAGGCCAGUGGUUACGGCCAGCACAGCUACAGCACAGGCUAUGAUGACCUGACCCAGGGGACAGCAGCAGGAGACUACACCAAGGGCGGCUAUGGUGGAUCAUCGCAGGCACAGAGCAAGCCUGCAGGCUCUGGGCCUGGCAAAGGAGUGUCAGCGUCUUCGAGCACCACUGGCCUCCCUGACGUGACGGGUUCUGUCUACAACAAGACUCAGACUCUCGACAAGCAGGGAUUUCACGCAGGGACCCCGCCACCAUUCAGCCUGCCCUCGGCCUUGGGUUCCACUGGGCCCCUGGCCCCCGGAGCGGCCCCCGGUUACGCACCCCCGCCGUUCUUACACAUCCUGCCCGCCCACCAGCAGCCUCACUCACAGCUGCUACACCACCACCUUCCACAGGAUGCUCAGAGUGGUUCCGCUCAGCGCAGCCAGCCCAGCUCCCUGCAGCCCAAGUCACAAGCCUCCAAACCUGCCUACGGCAACUCUCCAUACUGGACAAACUGAACCCUUCAGAGAGGGGUGGGCUGGGGCAGGAGAGAACACACGGAGCCUGUUUCUCUAGGAGCCCGGCGCCUUUCCUAGAAUUCCUGAGACGUGUAACUGUGUCAGCCGAGCCUCUGUGGGGAGCCUGCCUCCCAGACUCGCUAUUG